CUAUCGGUUGCAAUUAAGGACGAAGUCGCAUGCUUUGAUCGUUAGCCUGAAUACAUGAAGUAUGACUUUGCAUGAAUCGGAUGAACAACAAUUCAAAGGUUAAAUAUUACGUGAAGGAUAAAGACUGAUUUUUUUCUCGCAUAAUUACUGAUUUUAUUAACAUUAAGAAUGUUAGGCAGCCCCUCCAAUAACGGCGGCAUAAGAAUGUUGACUCCCCCGGCUCCCAACGACGACAGACGGGUAGAGUUUGUCGCUCUCACCGCUGUGCACACGGAGAGAAGCGAGCCGUCCACUCCCGAGAGAGCACAUCCUUCUCAUCGCACUGGGCUUCUCGGUACCCCGAUACCAGUGCCGCCUGGACCCCGGGCGGCUUCCUCAACCACCAGCAAGCGUUACAGAAAGUUGCAAAAUUGCCUCUACAACGUGCUGGAGAGACCAAGAGGAUGGGCAUUUAUCUACCACGCUUUCAUUUUCCUGCUGGUGUUCAGCUGUCUGGUGCUGUCUGUCUUCUCCACCAUCCCCGACCAUCAGAAAUUCGCCAACGAGGGGCUCUUCAUCCUGGAGUUCGUGAUGAUCGUGGUGUUCGGGUUGGAGUACAUAGUGAGGGUGUGGGCUGCAGGAUGUUGCUGUCGAUACAGAGGCUGGCAGGGCCGUCUGCGAUUCGCCAGGAAGCCCUUCUGCGUUAUAGACUUCAUCGUGUUCGUGGCGUCGGUGGCGGUGAUCGCGGCCGGCACGCAGGGCAACAUCUUCGCCACGUCGGCGCUGCGCAGCAUGCGGUUCCUGCAGAUCCUGCGUAUGGUGCGAAUGGACCGGCGGGGCGGCACCUGGAAGCUGCUGGGCUCCGUGGUGUACGCCCACAGCAAGGAGCUCAUCACAGCCUGGUACAUCGGCUUCCUGGUCCUGAUCUUUGCCUCGUUUUUAGUGUACCUGGCAGAGAAGGACAACAACUCCGAGUUCUCCACCUAUGCCGACUCCCUCUGGUGGGGAACUAUCACUCUCACCACAAUCGGUUAUGGGGACAAGACUCCGCGUACCUGGCUGGGCAGGCUGCUGGCUGCAGGGUUUGCUCUGCUGGGCGUGUCCUUCUUCGCCCUGCCCGCGGGAAUCCUUGGCUCUGGCUUUGCGCUGAAAGUGCAGGAGCAGCACAGGCAGAAGCACUUUGAGAAGAGACGGACCCCAGCAGCCAAUCUCAUACAGGCUGCCUGGCGUCUCUACUCCACCGAUGCUCAGCACUCCUAUCUCACAGCUACCUGGUACUUCUACGACAGCAUGCUACCGUCAUUCAGAGAACUGACUCUGCUGUUCAGUCACCUGCAGCGACAGCGUAGCGCCAAGAAGGUCCUUCACAACUCCUACCACACCCUUCUGUCCGGGCUCAAGCCCUACAGCUCCCCCUACCUGUCGGGGGACAGUGGGAAGAUCGGGUUCCGGGACCGGAUUCGGAUGAACAACUCCCGUUCGUCCCAGGGGACGCGCAGCAAGGCGUCUCCGCUGCCCCCCGGGGGGGUCCGGCGCUCCCCCAGCACCGAAAACGUCCCCGAGGCCACCAGCCCCGGCAAGGUGCAGAAGAGCUGGAGCUUCAACGACCGCACCCGGUUCCGCACCUCCCUGAGGCUCAAGCCCAGGCCCGCGGCUGACGUGGAGGGGACGGGAGAGGACAGCACGGAGGACAAGUCUUACUGUGACGUGGCCAUGGAGGACGUGAUCCCAGCGGUGAAGACUCUGAUUCGGGCUGUCAGGAUCCUCAAGUUCCUGGUGGCCAAGCGCAAGUUCAAGGAGACUCUGCGACCGUACGAUGUGAAGGACGUUAUCGAGCAGUACUCCGCUGGACACCUGGACAUGCUGGGCAGGAUCAAGAGUCUUCAGACCAGGGUGGAUCAGAUCGUGGGUCGAGGGUCCAUUCAGCCCGAUAAGAAGGUGCGCAGCGAGAAGGGCGAGAAGACGCCCCCUGAGGUGGACCCCCAGGACGAGCUGAGCAUGAUGGGGCGCGUGGUGAAGGUGGAGAAGCAGGUGCAGUCCAUCGAGAGCAAGCUGGACAUGCUGCUGAACUUCUACACGCAGUGCCUGAAGAAGGGCUCCUCCCACUUCACCCUGUCCUCCCUCCUGGAGCCCGACCUCACCUCCGACUAUCACAGCCCCACUGACCACCGAGAGCUCUUCCCCUCCGCCAACACCCUCACCAUCUCCCGCUCCGAGAGUGGCACCAUGGACUGACCCCGCCCCAGGGUACCCCCGAAACCUGCACCCCUCACAGAGCGGGAGGGACAACCACCCCCCCAAUACUCCAAACCUCACCUGAUCACCUCCGCGUUGUCCUGGUCACCUGUACCUCCACUCCGCCCUCUCUCCACCUCUCAACCAAUCACCUCACCUCUGGCCAUGUUGUACCGUCCACCUCCUAACUCCUCCCCCUUUUCACCCAUACUUUCCCCUAACUUUCACUCUUUCACUCUGACCUUUCUCCCUCUCCAUCAGUCAUUCUGGUCCUCUACCCCUCU